AAGAAUCCGGUCACAACCGGAGGUGAUCAUAACACUGUUUUCUGGAACCGAGGCCCGAAUUUGGAAAGCCGAAAAGUUCAGCCUGGAGCACCCCAGGAACUGACAACUGUCUCAAACGGGUAACCAUCUCAAGGCUGAUCUGCAAUUGGAGGCUGACGACAUGGCGGUUCGUCUGGAAGAAGGUAUCGACCUGAAUGACCUCCGACAAAGUAAAGAAGUAAUCCUUUCCUUGGCUGAGGACCAGGAACAAGAAAGAAAUCAAGACCUCCUAUUAGACAAUGAUUACUUUGAUCCUGAGGAUGUGUUACAAAAUGUCUUUCCUGAAGGGGAAUUUGAUUCGGAUGAGUCUGAAUCAUUGUUUGUCCGGAUGGGCAGAAACAUGCACGACGUGACCGGAGAUGGGGGUGUGAUGAAGAAGAUCCUCACCCAAGGAGUUGGCUCCGACUUGGCCCCUGAUGCUCUUGUCCGGGUACACUAUAAUGGCUAUUUAGAAGAUGCAAUUGAGCCUUUCGACUCCAGUCGACUGCGGAAAACUGUAAAGAAAUUUCGACUCAACAAAGGAGAGGUUUUCACAGGGUUUGACGUAGCUGUGAAUUCCAUGAAGAAAGGAGAAUUAUCCAGGUUCCUGAUAAAACCUGAGUAUGCCUUCGGCGCCAUGGGCUGCCCCCCUCGCAUCCCUGCUGAUGCCACAUUGAUGUAUGAGAUCCAACUGCUGAGUUUCGUGGAGAAGGAAGGAGUCGAUGACUAUUACAGUAUGACAGACGAAGAAAGAAGAAUGCUGACAUUUCCCAAGUUACGUCAAGUUGCUAAUUCAGAAAAGCAGGAAGGAAAUGAGUACUACCGCGUGAACAACUUCCGGCGAGCCGUGGGGAAGUACCGGAUGGCAGUGCGGAUCAUCGAGGAUGCACACCUGAAGGACUACAAGGAACAGCAGGAGCAGCGCAAGCUGUUGCUGAAGCUGUACCUCAACCUGGCCCUGUGCUGUGAGAAGCUGGGGGAGGUCAAACAUGCCCUCUACAACUGUGCCAACGCCUACAGGAUUGAACCCAAAAAUGCCAAGGUGCUUUACCACUAUGGAAAGUCCUAUAGAAUGGACAUGAAUUUCAAUAUGGCACGAAGUUAUCUGGAGAGAGCACAGAGGCUGCAGCCAAAUGAUUCUAAACUCAACCAAGAGAUUCAAGAACUAAACAAGUAUGAGAGGCAGUGUAAUGAAAUAGAGAAGGAGACGUGCAGAAGGAUGUUUUCUCAGCCUACUGGUGUGACUGAAGAUCCUGCUGUGGAAGAGGCCAAAAGGAAGGCAAGAAAAAAGGAGGAAUGUAGCCCAGACUUCAGGAAAUCAGUGUACGGAAAACUCAGGGAGUUGAAAGAAGACACCAGUAUAGAUGAGUUGCCCAUGACAACUUGCCAGCUCUCUCAACCCGAAAUAAGCUGUAUCUUGGAAAUAGCAGAGGAGCUGGAUCUAGAUCCUGUUGUCCGUGGAACUGGACAAAGUACACAUAUGGUGGUGAAAAAGAAGAAGUCAUAAUUGCAAGAGGAAGUGUGCAUCUGCCAGAGAAAUUCUACACCAGUUGAGCUUGUGAUUUGAAGAUACUGUGUUGACUUGUAGUGUCAGGGAGAUGCUGCCGACUUUGGUCAAGGUUCUGCUGGUUAAACUGGAGACGUGACACUUGUUUACCAUCAGGUCCACCAGAGGAGGAUAUCUCUUUGGGCUUGUUGAAAACAGUUAAGCCAGGGGACUACAGAAGGCCCACUGAUUUCACUUUGAAGAUCAAAUCAUGUUUCAUUUGGUUGAAUCUCAGCACUGAAGAUUCAGUUUCACCACUGAUGACCUCAGUAACAUUCAAGUAACAUUCAAGCAAUAAUCAAAAGUGUUUUCUAGUCAUUCUUUUACCAGACGCACAAGGCCAUGUUCCACAUGGCUGUCAUGGCACUACGACUUUCAUAACUCCCAUACUUAAACGUAGUCAUAGCGCUAAGACUUCUUUGUGCAACAGGGCCCUGAACAGUUCUGCUAUUACAUUCCUGGGCCCCGUUCCACAAUGCGAUCUUAGUGCUAAGACUGUCGUAAGUCUAUGUUAAAGUAUGGGAGUUACGAUCGUCUUACGGCUACGAUCGCUUUGUGGAACAGGACCCUGCUGUAUACUUUAGAGUGGGCCCACUUGCACAGAGUGAUCUUACUGCUGAGACUGAUGCCACUCCUAUUCUGUAACAUAGAGUUACAAUAGUAGGGUUCAGAUUACACUUCGCAAGUGGGUCCUAGGCCCUCUCCCACGAAGCAGUCUUAGCACUAAGACACAAAGCCGUUGUAACGCCCAUGCAUAAAACACAAACUUACGAUAGUGCCAAGAUUGCUUUUCUGAAACUGGGCCCAGGGAUGAAAAUCUUCCGCAGAGUCACUUUUUUUAAUAUAUGCCAUUACACGAUAUACACAUAAAUCAUACAGUGCCCCAGACCUACCAGCUGGCUUUCUCAACCAUGAAUGCCAAGGACCACCUGGCCUAGAGCUGCCUCGUAAACAGGGCAUUGUGUAAAACUCCUACCUUAGAUCAUGUGUUUAUCAUUUGAGAAUGUGUUUGUUUGUUUUUUAAUAUUUUUAAUUUUUGGAAAUACAUUUUAUUCACAGAGAGAUGGAUUCAUUUUGUCAGCGAUAGACAUUGGCACUAUGGCCCUCUAGCCAAACUAGUUAAGGUAUUUUAAGGACUAGUAGAAAUUUGCCAUUUUUAAGAAUUUUGCUAUAUAUUAUCUUCAUAAGGAUUGCUGGAUUAUAAAUCUUAGUUUCUAACGCUGUUUGUUUAAAGUAACCUCAGCUUGUUAUUUUCUGUUAUAUGUCAUGGCUGAUCACUAUUUCAAUGCCAGUAUUACUUUUCUUUUUAUUAAAACCUUUCAGGUUACUGGACCUAACAUAAGUUAUCUGUAAAUCUUUGAUUUUGGUUGUGUUCAUGAUUAUAUUGUUGCUCUUACGAAUCUAUAUAUCACCGUUGUCAUUAUAACAUUGUGCCCUUGGUUGCUUUUAGUUUGUCAUUGUUAUUAAUUUAAGGUCAUCUGAAACAUUAUAGGUUCAGGUGAGCUUAUAUCAAUGUCACUAAUCUGUAUGUCAUAACCUUUUACAUUCUUACACGUCCGUUGUAAAAUUGAGGUCUGUAAACAUUAAAAACAGUCAUUUGUUGAAUGAUGUUCUGGAGACAGGCGGUUAAAGCAUUAUUAUUAUAACGAUGUAAACACGAGAGGGGGACAUUAUGGUGGGGAUAAAGCAGCACAAAUGGAUAAACUUUUUGUUGAAUUUUACAAUAACUAAUAGUUGGUUGAUUUUCUGUCUUCAAUAUAUUUCUAGUUUCUUUCAUCUAGUAUUUCAUGACAAUUUGGGGGGCAAGGGUGGCCCAGUCGUCUAAGGCGCCGCGAUUC